AUGAAACCAUCUAAACUGCAAGAUCAUCUGAGAAGAUGCCACCCUGAUAAAACAGAGAAAGAUUUGAAAUACUUUCAAACACUCAAAGAUAAAUUUCAGAAGAGACCUACACUGGACAGAAUGUUCGCUUCGAUGUCACAAAGAAACGAUGAUGGUUUGCGGGCGUCUUACAAUAUCUCGUUACUUAUAGCAAAAUCCGGAAAACCGCAUACUAUCGGAGAGAAGUUAAUUUUGCCAGCCGUUGAAGAGGUUUUAAAAACUGUUUUACACAAACCUGCAUCUGAUACCUGA